AUGAACAUCUUUCUCUCGAUUAUACUGGCAAUCAUUGCCACGAAUGUCUCGGCUGAAGUGACUCAAGUUCAUCUCGGUGUCUCCAGUCCAAACGUUGGCUGUGCCAAUGGCAUUGCCGUCUCCUUUGCUACCGACAAUGCUCAAUCGUAUCCCGUCACUGCAACAGCAAUGGACUCAGCAAUCAGUACUCAAUCCACAUUUGUCAACUACUCAGUCUCGGAACCUGCACAUAAUUAUAGCUACUCGUCACCAUUUCUUCAUACUGCACUCUUGUGCAAUUUGAAAGACAGAACAACUUAUACUUAUAUGAUUGGUCUUUCAGACUUUGUUGGUUCGUUUGUGUCAUUAUUGCACCCUGGUUCGGAUUCAGAAGAGACCAUUCUUGGUGUUAUUGGAGACCCUGGUGACACGAAUUCGUCCGAGGCAACAUUUGCUGAAAUGAAGAAAAAGUUUGAAGGCAAACACAUUCAGUCUCUUGUUAUUGCUGGUGAUUACUCGUAUGCUAAUGGCCAUCAUCUACAAUGGGACAAUUGGUUCCAAUCGCAGCAGAAUCUUACAUCCGUUUACCCUCUUGUAGGGAUUAAUGGUAACCAUGAGACGAUCACAUCAGCGGGACAUUUAAACAUGUAUCCGUACCCAGAAGACGUAGAAUUGGACGCAGAGAACUAUUUGGCGUACCUUAAACGGGUAUAUACACCAAUAACUAAAGAAGCUCAAGAAGCAUUACGCACAUGGUACUCAGUCGACAUUGGAUUAAUCCAUUUGGUCUUUUUAGAUGACUACACGGGGUCAAGAGGCACGAAUACGACAGUUGUGGGUACAGCAUCGUGGUUAGCAGAUCGUAAUGCACAGCUUGAAUGGGUCAAGUCGGAUCUUGAACGUGUAAAUCGAAGCAUAACUCCAUGGGUUCUUGUCAUUAAGCACAAUCCAUUUUACAAUACGUGGAGCAAUCAUCAAUGUCAGUGUUCGUCCACGAUAUUUGAAAUUGACGAGGAUGAUCUUGAAAAGUGUUGGAAUGGGACAUACUUUUCAGGAAUUGUGUACGAAGAGCCACAGUGUGGACAGAUGGCCAAAUUAGAGGAAGUUUUUGCAAAUAAUGGUGUGAAUGCUGUGAUCACGGGUCAUGUACAUGCAUACGAGCGUACAGCUAAGAUUUACAAGAAUAAACAAGAUGCGACAAAGGGAAUUUAUCAUAUUACAACGGGUUCUGGUGGUAAUUAUGAAGGUCCUGCUGGUCCUCGCAUCAACGCAUCGCAGAUUCCAAGCUGGUCACUAGUAACAAAUAACGUGACAUUUGGAAGUUCGCGUAUUAUUGCCACACGCAAGUCAAUUCGAUUCUUAUGGUUUGCCAAUGACAAUACAACAAAGGAAUCUGUACCGACUGAUGGAUUUACUAUCUUUGCAAACGGUCCCGACGUGACAGAGUGGCCCCAGACCAGCCCAACUUUGUCUUCUGUUAUACAAAUGGAAGUGGAUCCAGAUAUUAAAGCUACACUAGAGUCCAAAUAUUUCUCUUUCUUAGAUGCUGUUCUAUUAGACCCGGAUAAUUAA